CUCAACUCUUAAAAAAGCAACAGGUAGUCGAAAAAUAUGAUUCACCUGGGCAUUUUCCUUUGCUAUUCCAGUACCCACAUUUGUAUGACCACAUUCAAAAAUAUAUCAAAUUCGGAUCUGCUAAUGCAAAAAGAUGA